AUGGCGCUCGUCAGAGACUCCCCCGAUACCUGGACGGCCAACGGCGUCGAAUCCUCUUUCCGUGUCAGCUUCGACAAGGACUCCUCGCUCACUGGGACAACCGAUGUCUGCGGCUGGGGCUGGCGAUUCAAGUGGGACAGCUCGAAUGGCCCCAUCGCUGUUUACUUCGACCCGCACCUGGUCGCUAAGGCGGAAUAUGGACGCGUAUCGUGCACUGUCGUAACGACGGGAUUGACGGACUAUGGCUUGGAUUACUCUUUGGGGACGUUCUCCUUCCACCUCCCCCUCGAGUUGCUCCGUAUCCGAGUCCCCAUUUUCAGAGCCUCCUCAAAACACUCACAAUUCGGCGCCUCUACGCCCAUAACAAAGCCUCCCAUCUUCAAGUUUACCAUCUCCUUUGAGGCCACCUUCGCCCUCACUCCUCCCAAGCCUGUCACCAUCCAGACCCGCCUCCCAUUCUCGGACGAGCCCCUCCCAACACGCGUCCGCGCCUCUCUCGUCGACACGAUCCAUGGCGGCGAGCUCAUCGAUGUCAAGUUCUGGGCAUAUUCACGCGCCCGGAACGGCUACAUCUAUGAUCCCCGUCCGCUGUACGGGAAUCUCAGGCUCAUGCGCGGGACUUCGAAACAGUUCGAUGAAGAUCUUGACGACAUGUUCAGCGGAUUCUCUGAGUCGGGGCAGACGGAUAUCACGAAUGACCACGCUCCCGAGGAUGCGUUCGACGGGUACGACUAUAUGUCCGACAGCGACCUCGAGGACGGCGAGGAAUUCGAUGGCGACACGGAUAUUCACGGCCAGGAAUCAGUAGAACCGGAUGAGAAAGAGCAGCCCGUCGCUGGACCGAGCAUACAGCGCUCGACAUCGCCUGAUGUCAUUGUUCAACAAGAGCUCCAGGGGCGUCGCGGCCAUCGCGUUGUCAUCAAGGGACAUGCUUACAACACUUGGAAAGCGUUGAUAUACUACCUCUACACAGGCAAGGUGCAUUUCCGUGAGGUCGGCGGGAGGGCUUCGCGUUUCGACCUGAGGCAGCCAAGAGAAGAUGAGGCACCGGAAUGCUCGCCGAAGUCGAUGUACAAACUCGCAGACAAGCACGGCCUCGCGGAACUCAAGCUGCUCGCGUUCGAGGCGAUCCGCGCGCGGCUCUCGGUCGACACCAUUGUGCACGAAGUGUUCUCCAACUUCACUGCCAUAUUCGACGAGGUCAAGACAAUGCAAGUCGCUUUUCUCCGCGCAAACUUGCACACGCCAGCCGUGCGCGAGUCGAUGACACGGAGGCUGCUGUACUUCUGUGCUGAACGUGGCUCGUCAGCGUCCGCGGCGGUGCUCCAGGACGUCAUAUUUGGUCCAGCGGCAGCUCCUGCUAGAGCGCAAUCGCCCGCAAAGUCUGAGGAGAAAGAGUGGUAUGACUAG